AUGGAUUACGAAAGUAUUGCUACGCCAGAGUCGUGCUAUGUCGACUUUUGCCUUCUUCCUAUCGGAACUGGAACUGUGUCCGUUGCCGAAGAUAUUGCUGAGGUUCAAAAGGUCCUCAAGGCGAGUGGAUUGAAGUAUACUCUUCACUCUGCUGGUACCACCGUGGAGGGGUCAUGGAACGAGGUAAUGGCGGCUGUGGGAAAAGCACAUGCUGUUGUGCAUCGCCGUGGCGUAGUCAGGAUUCAGUCGUCGAUGAGGGUCGGUAGUCGAACGGAUAAGAAACAGACGGCGGAGGACAAGGUCAAAAGAGUGGAAAACCUGCUGGCCAAGGACGAAUCUAAGUAA